GCUAUUGGCUUGUGUGUCCAUCGCUCUCAUUGACGCGCCAAUCACCGAGCACAAGGCGCUGUGGCCAGCCCAAGAGCUUUCCCUGUCGCGGUCCAGCUUUCUCAGGUUUGCUUUUUAAUUUUCUCGGUUUCCUGUUCCGGAGGCGCGGGUGGCGCUAUGGUCUUGGCGGCUGCAGAAUAAGCCUGGCUUUGCUUUGACGGCAACCUCGCGGCCCGAGAACCUUUUGUAGGAUGUUCUGCCAGGGGCUGUGAAGGAUACAGAAAUGACUAUGAAUCAACCCAUGUCCUCAAGGAGCUAAUAAUCUAGUGGAGGAGUUAGAAAUGUGCACACAUGACUAUAAUAUGAGACAGUCUCUGCGCUUAUAUUUUCUGUGGAAGAUGUGACAUAUCCAGACAGUACGUCAUGAUGCAAGGCAAUACGUGUCAUAGAAUGUCAUUCCACCCAGGGCGAGGGUGUCCCCGAGGGCGGGGAGGACAUGGAGCCAGACCCUCAGCCCCAGCCUUCAGGCCCCAAAAUCUGAGACUACUUCACCCUCAGCAGCCUCCUGUGCAAUAUCAAUACGAACCUCCAAGUGCCCCUUCCACCACAUUCUCGAACUCUCCAGCCCCCAAUUUUCUGCCUCCACGACCAGACUUUGUCCCCUUCCCUCCUCCCAUGCCUCCAUCAGCCCAAGGCCCUCUUCCUCCCUGCCCUAUACGGCCCCCCUUCCCAAACCACCAGAUGAGGCCCCCCUUCCCCGUGCCUCCUUGUUUUCCUCCUAUGCCACCUCCGAUGCCCUGUCCUAAUAACCCCCCAGUCCCUGGAGCACCUCCUGGACAAGGCACUUUCCCCUUCAUGAUGCCCCCUCCUUCCAUGCCCCACCCCCCACCCCCUCCUGUCAUGCCACAGCAGGUCAAUUAUCAGUACCCUCCAGGAUACUCACACCAUAAUUUCCCACCUCCCAAUUUCAAUAGCUUCCAGAACAACCCCAGUUCUUUCCCGCCCAGUGCUAAUAACAGCAGUAGUCCUCAUUUUAGGCACCUCCCUCCAUACCCACUCCCCAAGGCUCCCAGCGAGAGAAGAUCCCCGGAAAGGCUCAAACACUACGAGGAUCACAGGCACCGGGAUCACAGUCAUGGGCGAGGCGAGAGGCAUCGGUCCCUGGAUCGGCGGGAACGAGGCCGAAGUCCUGACAGGAGAAGACAAGACAGCCGCUACAGAUCAGAUUAUGACCGAGGGAGAACGCCCUCCCGUCACCGGAGCUAUGAGCGCAGCAGAGAGCGGGAACGGGAGAGACACAGGCACCGGGACAGCCGAAGAUCACCAUCUCUGGAAAGGUCCUACAAAAAAGAGUAUAAGAGAUCUGGAAGUCGCUCCCCAAGUAGGGAGAAAAAGAGAGCUCGUUGGGAGGAAGAAAAAGACAGAUGGAGUGACAGCCAGAGCACUUGCAAAGAGAAGAAUUAUACCUCAAUAAAGGAAAAAGAGCCGGAGGAGACACUGCCUGACAAAAAUGAGGAGGAAGAAGAAGAACUUCUUAAGCCUGUGUGGAUUCGCUGCACGCACUCAGAAAACUACUACUCCAGUGACCCCAUGGAUCAGGUGGGAGAUUCUACUGUUGUUGGAACAAGUAGGCUGCGUGACUUAUAUGACAAAUUUGAGGAAGAGCUGGGGAGUAGGCAAGAAAAAGCCAAAGCUGCUAGACCUCCGUGGGAGCCUCCCAAGACGAAGCUAGAUGAAGAUUUGGAGAGUUCCAGUGAAUCCGAAUGUGAGUCUGAUGAGGACAGCACCUGUUCGAGCAGCUCAGACUCUGAAGUUUUUGAUGUCAUUGCAGAAAUCAAACGUAAAAAGGCCCACCCUGACCGGCUGCAUGAUGAACUUUGGUACAAUGACCCAGGCCAGAUGAAUGAUGGGCCACUCUGCAAAUGCAGCGCCAAAGCAAGACGCACAGGAAUCAGGCACAGCAUUUAUCCCGGAGAAGAGGCCAUCAAGCCCUGUCGUCCCAUGACCAACAAUGCUGGCAGACUUUUCCACUAUCGAAUUACAGUCUCCCCUCCUACAAACUUUUUGACUGACAGGCCAACUGUUAUAGAAUAUGAUGAUCAUGAGUAUAUCUUUGAAGGAUUUUCUAUGUUUGCCCAUGCCCCCCUGACCAAUAUUCCACUGUGUAAAGUAAUCAGGUUCAACAUAGACUACACAAUUCAUUUCAUUGAGGAGAUGAUGCCUGAGAAUUUUUGUGUAAAAGGACUUGAACUCUUUUCAUUAUUCCUGUUCAGAGAUAUUUUGGAAUUGUAUGACUGGAAUCUUAAAGGCCCUUUGUUUGAAGACAGUCCUCCCUGCUGCCCAAGAUUUCAUUUCAUGCCACGUUUUGUGAGAUUCCUUCCAGAUGGAGGAAAGGAAGUGCUAUCCAUGCACCAAAUUCUCCUUUACUUAUUACGGUGUAGCAAAGCCCUCGUUCCUGAAGAGGAGAUUGCCAAUAUGCUUCAGUGGGAAGAACUUGAGUGGCAGAAAUAUGCAGAAGAAUGCAAAGGCAUGAUUGUCACCAACCCUGGAACGAAACCUAGCUCUGUCCGCAUUGAUCAACUGGAUCGUGAACAGUUCAACCCCGAUGUGAUUACUUUUCCGAUUAUCGUCCACUUUGGGAUACGCCCUGCACAGUUGAGUUAUGCAGGAGACCCACAGUACCAGAAACUCUGGAAGAGUUACGUGAAACUUCGCCACCUCCUAGCAAAUAGUCCCAAAGUUAAACAAACUGACAAACAGAAGCUGGCGCAAAGGGAGGAAGCGCUCCAAAAAAUACGACAGAAGAAUACAAUGAGGCGAGAAGUAACAGUGGAGCUAAGUAGUCAAGGAUUUUGGAAAACUGGCAUCCGUUCUGAUGUCUGUCAGCAUGCAAUGAUGUUGCCUGUUUUGACCCAUCAUAUCCGCUACCACCAAUGUCUAAUGCAUCUAGACAAGUUGAUAGGAUAUACUUUCCAAGAUCGUUGUCUAUUACAGCUGGCCAUGACUCAUCCGAGUCAUCACUUAAAUUUUGGAAUGAAUCCUGAUCAUGCCAGAAAUUCUUUGUCUAACUGUGGAAUUCGGCAGCCCAAAUAUGGAGAUAGAAAAGUUCACCACAUGCAUAUGAGGAAAAAAGGAAUUAACACCUUAAUAAAUAUUAUGUCACGCCUUGGCCAAGAUGACCCAACUCCCUCAAGGAUUAAUCACAAUGAAAGGUUGGAGUUCCUAGGUGAUGCUGUUGUUGAAUUUCUGACCAGUGUCCAUUUGUACUAUUUGUUUCCAAGUCUGGAAGAAGGAGGAUUAGCAACUUAUCGUACUGCCAUUGUUCAGAAUCAGCACCUUGCCAUGUUAGCAAAGAAACUUGAACUGGAUCGAUUUAUGCUUUAUGCUCAUGGACCUGACCUUUGUAGAGAAUCAGACCUUCGGCAUGCAAUGGCUAAUUGUUUUGAAGCAUUAAUAGGAGCUGUUUACUUGGAGGGAAGCCUGGAGGAAGCCAAACAGUUAUUUGGACGCUUACUCUUUAAUGAUCCGGACCUGCGCGAAGUCUGGCUCAAUUAUCCUCUCCACCCACUGCAACUACAAGAGCCGAAUACUGAUCGACAACUUAUUGAGACUUCUCCAGUUCUGCAGAAACUUACUGAGUUUGAAGAAGCAAUUGGAGUAAUUUUUACUCAUGUUCGACUUCUGGCAAGAGCAUUCACUUUGAGAACUGUGGGAUUUAACCAUCUGACCCUAGGCCACAAUCAGAGGAUGGAAUUCCUAGGUGACUCCAUAAUGCAGCUGGUAGCCACCGAGUACUUAUUUAUUCAUUUCCCAGAUCAUCAUGAAGGACACUUAACUUUGUUGCGAAGCUCUUUGGUGAAUAACAGAACUCAAGCCAAGGUAGCGGAGGAGCUGGGCAUGCAGGAGUAUGCCAUCACGAAUGACAAGACCAAGAGACCUGUGGCUCUUAGGACCAAGACCUUGGCAGACCUUUUGGAAUCAUUUAUUGCAGCGCUGUACAUUGAUAAGGAUUUGGAAUAUGUUCACACUUUCAUGAAUGUUUGCUUCUUCCCACGAUUAAAAGAGUUUAUUUUGAAUCAGGAUUGGAAUGACCCCAAGUCCCAGCUUCAGCAGUGUUGCUUGACACUCAGGACCGAAGGGAAGGAGCCCGACAUUCCUCUGUACAAGACUCUGCAGACUGUAGGACCCUCCCAUGCUAGAACCUACACUGUGGCAGUGUACUUCAAGGGAGAAAGAAUAGGCUGUGGGAAAGGACCAAGUAUUCAGCAAGCGGAAAUGGGAGCAGCAAUGGAUGCACUGGAAAAAUAUAACUUUCCCCAGAUGGCCCAUCAGAAGCGGUUCAUUGAACGGAAGUACAGACAAGAGUUAAAAGAAAUGAGGUGGGAAAGAGAGCAUCAAGAGAAAGAGCCAGAUGAGACUGAAGACAUAAAGAAAUAAAGGAGGGCCCGGAAGUGGUGGCGUAUUUACUUGCUUAACAACUGUGACUGUUGCCCAUCGAGAUCUAGCCUAGUUUUCCUACAGACAAUGAAUGAAGUGUGCCUGUUGAAAUAAAACACAAAGUCAAAUCGCUAUUGUUGUUUUACUGAUCUAAUAUGCUGUUUUUAGCUGGAUGGUCUUUAUUACAAAGUAUUUGAUUUCUCUUCUAUUUAAUGGAAAUCUUCACUUUGGUGGAUGUGCAUAUUCCCUUUUAUUUUGUUCUUUAAACAAUAAAAUUAAAAAAGCAUCUUCUAUGUGGAAUAGAUCCUGUUUUUCUAUCUCUGUCUGAGAUGGUGACACAAGACUUCAGCUGACAAGUGAAAAAUUCACCUCACCAGAUAUUUGGGCUACACUCAAUUAACAUCUGUACUUUUGGAAAUCUCUGGAUUAUUAACUAGAUUUUUCAGCUUUCAUCUGGAUGUUUAUCGUCUUCUCAACUGCAAACACUGAACUUACCCCUCGCUAAGCAGUGGAUCCUUUGAAGAAGGGAUCCCUUUAAUGUUUAACUGGCUAGUGGGAGAGGGUAAAGACAUAUUUGAGUCACAUAUAUUCUUUGAAUCGUUAGAAUAGAGGGAGAAAUCAUGAUUCUAAGCCAGAUGACACUUUAAAUCAGAUACUCUAACCCUGGGGUCAGUGGACGCUUUAAGAAGUUUAUAGACAGACUUGGAAGUCUCAGAAUCUCCUGAAAUUGUGUUUGAUUUUAUGUGUGGGGGGAUGGGAGAGGAAGGUUGGGAGCGGGCGGGGAGCAAGAUGAGGAGUCUUCAUAGCUUUCAUCAGCUUGAAGUGGUCCUUGCAGUAAAGGGCUAACAUUACAUUAAAAGACAUGACAUUUUUAAAAAAUGUUAUUUUAAACUGAAUAUCACUUGUUUCUUAUUAAUAAAGGCAAAACCUCUUUUU